AUGGUUCAGUACAAACUUACCUACUUCGAAGCUCGUGGAGCUGCGGAAGUUAUUAGACAGAUUUUUGCCCUUGCCGGAGCUGAAUAUGAAGAUGUGCGAAUUCCUCGUGACGAAUGGCCAAAACACAAAUCAGUCUCUAUCACAACCAAUUCUUUGUUUAGAAAUGCCAUUUGGCCAAAUGCCAAAAUGCCAUUUGGCCAAAUGCCAGUGCUCGAAGUUGAUGGUCAACAGCUCGCACAAUCUUUUGCCAUCGCUCGCUUUUUAGCAAAGAAGUUCGGUGAGUUUAUAAUCGAAGGCCACAUUCUCCAAUUCCUUACACAGAGUUGCGAUUUUCAAGGACUUACUCCCAAAUGCCCCUUCGAGGAAGCGCAAGUGGAUUCCCUUAUGGAUCAGUUCAAAGACUUCCAGAAUGAAGUCAGACCAGCGUUUAUGGUGAUGCUUGGAUUCGCUGAAGGAGAUAAAGUAAGCGGAACUGAUAGGCAGAAUUUGAAAAGACUUGGGUGA